AAAUCCUUCCUUAAGGUUAGGUAAGAUUAGGAAAUACGGGCAAGCUUAAUCCUAAAUAGCGAUCAUCCGUCACGUUGGUUGGCACAGAUUUCAUCAUGAAUCACAUAGCACUUUGGAUGGAAACGGUAUACCAAUUUAUUAUAAUUUGCGAUUUUAAUUUACCCUUGACACACUCACAUCCGAGUUUUAAUAAUCGAAAAGGUACCUGUCUCCCCCGAUCCUCCAGCUCCCAUAGUUUUCACGCUUGUUUUUGCAUCAGUGUAGCAUUCUAGAAGGAUCCUUGGAAUCUUUGGUGGUAAAUUUAUAAAUUACCCUAAAAUUAACGUAUUUUGGAUUACCAAAUCUAGAACCCUGGUAAUAGGAACCGCAACAUUUAAAUGUGAAGGUUAAAUUGUACCGCUGCCUAAUAAUACAGAAAAUUAGCAGAAAAGUCUAUAUAACAAUGAUGUAAUUUCUCUAUAACACAAUAUCUAUUUUUAGAAUUAACACAUAGCUAAACUCAUAGAUAAACAAUUUGUUUAAAUUGUGUGUGAAUUUCAGAUUGUAGUGCCCUACACGAAAUUUUUAAUUCCUGUGUAAUUACCCGAAUUACAACUGAAAAUGAUGCCUUUCGGUCAUGGACAACCUAAGCGAAGAUGAUGACUACUUCGACACAAUAUCUGUCACUUCCGGAUCUAGUAGGAAACGUCUUAGUAACAACAACCAAUACAUAGCUCUGUCUCGCAACACCGUGUACCACUCCGCAUUUGACUUGGGGGACGGAACCAUGGAAAUGACCGAGUUCAGUGAUGGAGUGAACAAGGUCUCGCAGAGUAAAAAUAUUAGAACUUAUUCCCAGUGGAGAGAUAGGAGGUGGCGAUGCUUUUCGGGUUCGGACUUGGUCGUCGAUUUCGUCAUGGCCUACUGCGAUCAAGGCCGCGACGACCACGCGACCAAACGCAAAAUAUUCGAACGCAAUCUAGAAAAAACUGGCCUGAUCCUAGAGCGGGAGGAGAACCAGAGGAUACAUUUCGUAAAAAUCAACGUGCCACACGAAUUGCUCUGCCAGUACGCCGAAAUUUUAAAGCUCAGAUUACCAAUCAAAGACCACGACGAGCCUCUCCCCAAAGACAAUUUCUUGCAGUCCGGAUUACAUCGCCUCUUAAAGAAUUGUGGGGUCACUUUGGACGAGCAUAAGUUUCCAUUGAAAAAGUACCAGUUGACCGCUGAGUUCAGCAAGGACAAACCCUACUUAUUCGACAUGGAGGCCCCCCAAUUUUUCAAUUCUUCCGUGCGUAUCACAGUGAUCUCCUAUAUUUUGGAACGAGAAAAGUUCGGAAGCGAGGACCAAGAUAAGGGCAUCAGACGGCUCGUGUCCGAAGGCGUUUACAAGGGUGCCUAUCCUCUACACGACGGCGACUAUUCGGAACCCGGCUCCUGUCGUAACCUACUCUUUAAAGAAUGGGCCCAGGUGUCCAAGUGGAUCAAAUACCAACCCAUAGACGAAAUCAAAGAUUACUUCGGCGUGAAGUUCGCUCUAUAUUUCACUUGGCUUGGGUUUUAUACCCACAUGCUUAUUCCCGCUUCAGUGGUGGGGGUGUUGUGUCUGAUUCAUGCUUGGACCACUCUCGACGACAGCACCACCGUAGCGGACAUUUGCAACUUGGACAUUACAAUGUGUCCAUUAUGCGACAAGUACUGCGACUACUGGAAGUUGAGCGAGAGUUGUACCUAUUCGAAAAUUCAGCAUUUCGUCGACAACCCGGCCACCAUAUUCUUCGCCGUUUUUAUGUCUGUGUGGGGCGCCAUCUAUCUCGAGUUAUGGAAAAGAUACAGCGCCGAAGUUACUCACCGGUGGGGCCUGACCGGUUUCGAUCUGCAGGCGGAGCCGCCCAGACCAGAGUACUUCUUGCGAUUAUCAAACGCAAAGCGACGCAAACUGAAUGUAGUGACGCAGCUCCAGGAACCGGUGGUACCGUUUUGGCGAGUCAAACUACCCUCCAUCAUACUCAGUUUCACGGUCGCCCUCUUUUGGGUUUUCAUUGCUCUCGGCGUGGUCGUCGGCGUGGUCAUAUACAGAAUGUCUUUACUCACGUCCGACACUUUGUACAACGACCGGUCUAGCUUCCGGAUAUACGUGGUACCAGUGACGGCGGGCGUGAUCAAUCUCGUGUGCAUUGUAGUUUUAAAUAUGGCGUACGACAGGCUGGCGGUAUGGCUGACAGAGAUGGAGCUCCAACGGACACAGACCGAGUUCGAUGACAGUUUGGCACUGAAAAUUUACAUGUUUCAGUUUGUCAAUUAUUAUUCGUCUAUUUUUUAUAUCGCGUUUUUCAAGGGCAAAUUUGUGGGAUACCCAUCCAAGUACAACAAAGUUUUCGGAUACCGUCAGGAGGAGUGCAACCCUGGCGGCUGCCUCAUGGAGCUAACUAUGCAACUUGCUAUCAUAAUGAUCGGCAAGCAGGCGGUCAACACGAUAUUGGAGAUGAUAAUUCCUCUCCUUUUCAAAAUGUACCAGACGUUCGUCGUGACCACAGGCAUCGAGCGUGCUGAAAAAGAAGAAGAGCUGAUAGUGAGCUGCAACCAAUGGACCGAGGAUUACAAACUGUCUGAAUUAGAAUCUCAAAGUUUGUUUGCCGAAUAUUUGGAAAUGGUGUUGCAGUACGGUUUCGUCACGAUUUUCGUGGCGGCUUUUCCGCUCGCGCCCCUUUUCGCCCUUAUCAAUAACGUUCUGGAGAUGCGUCUCGACGCAAAAAAGUUCAUCAAAUACUACCGCCGUCCGGUACCGCAGCGCGUGCGUAACAUCGGCGUAUGGUACCCGAUCCUCGCCAUCGUUGGCCGCAUCGCUGUGGUCUCCAACGCCCUCAUCAUCGCGUUCUCCUCCCACUUCAUCCCGAAACUCGUCUAUGCUCUCAAGGUCAAUCCGACGGCGCGCAACGAUGCCGGUUUUCUGGACUUUAGUCUCGCGUACUUCAACACGUCCGAUUUUAAGACUGGUACCGCCCCCGAGACAACGUCAUACAACGUGUCAGUGUGUCGAUACGCUGAGUACAGGAACCCGCCCGAUCACGAGUACAAGUACAAGAGGCCUCUUAUCUACUGGCACAUACUGGCUGCCCGAUUAGCUUUCAUCGUAGUCUACCAAAAUCUUGUCGGUUUUGUAAUGACCGUUGUCGAAUGGACCAUACCCGACGUCAGCAGGAAAUUGAACGACCGCAUCAAGAGGGAAGCGUACAAAGUGAACGAGAUUAUAAUCAAGAACGAGACGGAGAGGGCGAGACAAAGGGCGAAGAAAACUCGACGAAGAGAUUCGUUACUUUCUGGGAACGCGUCGAUCUACCACGACGCCCAAAGCGACGCUGGUGAUCCGAGAAGUAACAGAUCGACCAUCUACUACGACUCCGGAAACAGUUAGCGAAGAAGACUGCCGCGUUGUAGAUAGACACUUCAGGGACAUUAUUUUUCUGGGGCCUUAGCCUUGCCUUGCAUCCUCCAGCGGCGUACAGUCUCAACGCUUCCUAGGAUUUUAUUUAAUACUCGGAAUUUACAUUCGAAUCACUUAUUUAUUUAAAUUUUAUGUUUUGCUAAUUUUACUUAAUUCUCGAUUAAAACUUAACUGUUUCAUAAUUAAAAGACGUUCAGGUGUAAUUUAGUAUGACACAUAACUUAUUUCCAUUUUACUCCCGUAAUGUGAUCUUUCUGUUAUUUUUCUAAGGAAAAUAUUCAAAUAUUAAUAAUAACAGGUAAAUUUUAACGCGCAA